AUGUCACUCCAGGAUCUCAUUCCGGUAGUUAAUAAACUUCAAGACAUUGUAACCACCACUCAGCUUGCUGACUUGGACUUACCGAUCUUGGCUGUUGUUGGCUCGCAGUCUUGCGGUAAGUCUUCAGUGUUGGAAAAUAUCGUAGGUAAGGACUUUUUACCAAGAGGAACUGGAAUUGUUACUCGUAGACCGUUAGUGUUACAGUUGAUCCACGUAAACCCAGAAGAUAUCCCAGAUGACUCUCAUUCGUCGUCUGUCACUGGGUCUAUGUCGUCUGAUUUACGCGACGAAAGCUCGUCUUCGUUUUCCAAGUCUUCCACUCCCAUGUCCACUCAGUCCAUGGCUUCAGCCAACGACGAUUCCAACGACGAUACCGAAAUAAAUUUGGAAGACCACUUGAGACGCCAUUUGAAUGGUGGUAGAGCCGAAAAGAAAACCUCAUGGGGUGAAUUCUUGCAUUUGCCUAACAAGAAAUUUUACAAUUUCAAUGAUAUCAGGAACGAAAUCGCCAAUGAAACUUCCAGGAUAGCCGGACAGAAUAAGGGUAUAAGCAGACUCCCAAUCAACUUGAAGAUAUACUCUGACAAAGUUCUUAAUUUGACUUUGGUGGAUUUGCCUGGCUUAACCAAGAUUCCAAUUGGCGAUCAACCAACUGACAUCGAAAGACAAACUAGGAAUUUAAUAUUGGAGUAUAUUCUGAAGCCCAACUGUAUCAUAUUGGCUGUGUCACCUGCUAAUGUGGACUUGGUUAAUUCCGAGUCUUUAAAAUUAGCAAGACAGGUGGAUCCACUGGGAAAGAGAACUGUAGGAAUAUUAUCUAAAUUAGACUUAAUGGAUCAAGGAACCAAUGCCUUAGAUAUCUUGAAGGGAAAUAUAUACCCUUUGAAGUUGGGAUUUAUUGGUAUAGUGAACAGAUCUCAACAAGACAUUGCUGAUAAUAAGUCGUUGGACGACUCAUUAUUCUCCGAGCAGCAGUUCUUCAUAAACCAUCCAGCCUAUCGCCUGAUUCUGAACAAAUGUGGUACGAAAUUCUUGUCGCAGACAUUGAAUAAGAUUUUAAUGAAUCAUAUCAGAGAUAGAUUGCCAGAUAUUAAGGCCAAAUUAAACACAUUAAUGGGACAAACAGAACAAGAAUUGGCUAGCUAUGGAGAAAUUCCAUUGGGAUUAGAAAAUACCAAAGAAAGUAGAGGAGCAUUAGUUUUGUCUUUAAUGACUAAAUUUGCUAACUCUUUCGUAAACUCUAUUGAUGGGACUUCCAUGAACGAAAUCUCUACCAAAGAAUUGUGUGGAGGUGCAAGGAUAUAUUACAUUUACAAUGAAGUAUUUGGCUCACAAUUAGCAUCCAUAAACCCUACUUAUAAUUUAUCAAUCCAUGAUAUUAGAACUGCCAUUAGAAACUCAACUGGACCAAGACCUUCAUUGUUUGUACCAGAGUUAGCAUUUGAUUUGUUAGUUAAGCCGCAGAUCAGUUUAUUACAACAACCAAGUCAUAGAUGUGUUGAAUUAGUGUAUGAAGAGUUAAUGAAGAUUGUUCACAACGUGUGCUCUUCAGAGGGUUCAAAUACUGUCUCUUCGGGAACUGGUUCUUCAUUAGGGUCCAUUGCACUUGAACUCAAUAGAUUUCCUAAGUUACAAAGUAAGUUGAUUGAAGUUGUUUCUGAUUUGCUUAGAGAAAGGUUGGGACCUACCAUUAAGUACGUCGAGUCUUUAAUUGAGAUACAUAGGGCUUACAUCAACACCAAUCAUCCUAAUUUUGUUGGAGCAGCAAAGGCUAUGAGUAUUGUCGUUGAAGAGCGUCAGAAGCAAAAGGAAUUAGAACUGAGAGCAAAGUUAAGAUUGGCCAGCGAAAGAUUGUUAAACAAUAAAAAAUCACGUAAGGGUCAACAUGAGGAUAUUGCCGAGGAAGAAAAUGGAAGUGAAGAAGAUGCUAAUGAAGAUGAGGUGGAAGAUAUCAAUCAGGUUGAUGACGAAAUAAAACCACCAGCCAAGCAUAUUAGAAGUGAUUCUAACAAGACGACUUAUUCAAUUAAAUCGGAAUCUGCACCAAAUUUACCAAUUGCUGGCCAUACAAACUAUUAUGCUACCAGAGCUAGCAGCUCUACUAGCAAUGGUACACCAAUUUCUAAUGGUGGAGAAUCUUACUUAAACUAUUUCUUUGGAAAAGACCCAAUUACUCAUCAACAACACUUGCAAGCACAGGCUCAAUUGAACCCAACACCAUUCAAAUUCCCUCAACACCAAGAACCCAGCUUACAAUUUAAUACUGAAACACAUAUGUACAACGGAGGUAGCCAUUCACCUAUUCCAAAUGGAUUCCAUUCGGAAUCUCACACAGGUUUACAAUCCGACUUCAAAUCCAUGCAAUUGCAUGAAGAACAACACAUGUUAGAAAAUAUCCAAGCCGAGGACUCCUUAGGUGAGUUAAAUGAAAGAGAACAAUUGGAGUGUGAGUUAAUCCGCAGGUUGAUAGUAUCAUAUUUUGGUAUUGUAAGAGAAAUGAUUCAAGAUCAAGUUCCAAAGCUGAUUAUGUGUUUAUUAGUUAACUACAUUAAGCAACACAUUCAAAACAGAUUGGUUGUUAAGUUGUAUAACGACGAUUUAUUUGAUGAGUUAUUGGAAGAAGAUUCCAACAUUCAAAUUGAAAGAGAAAAGUGUAUGGAAAGUUUAAAGACUUACAGAAUGGCAUCCAGGAUUAUAAGUGAUGUUGUAUAA